AAUGGUCUUAUCCUGGAUAUCUCGAAGCUAUGCAGCCUUACUUCAACGAUUCUAAACUGAAGUCACUAAAAUCAGUAUGGAAGAGGCGGUUUAAUGAACAAUUGAAGAAAAUAAUAAAGGACACGGAUGAGGAGAGAAGCAAAGCUGCAUCGGAUCUAAUAAAUAAGAAAGAAAGUUCAAAUGUCGUCGAAUUUUGGGACCUUUUUGAGAAGAGGAGAUUAAUAAAGCGACAACAGAUCAGUACAAAACAAUUGAGUACAUUAAGGGUGAUGAGCAAUGCAGCUACCUACCAAGAGAAUGAACUAAAACGCCAAAGCGAUAACUAUCUUGAGAGAGGAAAAUCAAAAUCAUGUAAAACUAGCAUUGAAGAUUCCCAUCAAGCGGAAUCUUCUAAUGGUUCCUAUAGAUUGGAUAAUGUGUUGGUUAUUCAAGAAGACUUUGAUGGAAACAGGGGGAAAGAAAAUUUUCAGGAUAGUGACGAGGUAAUAACAGACUUCUUAUAUCUAAGUAACCAAGAGAUGGAGUUGCAUUCAGUAGUGAUAGUGAUACGACUCAGCGCACUGCAUCAAAGCGAACCG